AUGAAAACAAAACGCAAAGAGGAAAACACAAAGAAGAGAAAACAGGCACCGAAAAAACAAAUAUCCCUCCCAAAGAAAUUGAAAGUUAAGGAUACGGAAGAACGGAUCCGUGAAGUAUUGGGAGAGGAUGCCAAAGAAGAAAAUUUUCAUUGUGAUGAUGAUGGCAUGGUUGAUGACGAUAUUGAAAAUCAUGACGACAUGAAUGAUGAACGAGAAGAUGAAGGUGAAAACAAUUCAAUUAAAUCUGGUAUUGAAGAUAUGAGAAGCCGAAAAUCUAAAAAACUGGAUUGGAUACAAGGGUUUUUCUAUUUACCAAAAUUUGACUGCUAUCUUCCUAGACCUGUAUUCCACGAAAUUUUGAACUAUAUUCAACCAUUUCCAUAUUACUUGACUCUUCGAGGAGUUUGUCAACAAUGGCUCGAUGAGCUCUAUCAAAAUAUAUUUCCAAACGUGAAGGAAAUGAAUCUUGUGAAAAGACACGAGUUCGAAGAUAGCAUCAAUUACAAAUAUCCGUGGUACAACAAAAAUGCUAAAAACACUUACAGUUCGUGCAUUCGCUAUUUAGCUUUGUUGUUCCCCAACGUUGAAGUAAUCUCAAUGCCGUUGUUUACCAAUAGUGGUUGGUACAGCAUUCAUGAAUUGCAUGCUCCAAACCAAUUUAUAUAUCUAUUUCGCAAACUAACAAAAUUGUGUUUGUUUAGUACUACGCCAUUCGAUGAAUCACAUUAUGGGAGACAACUUUUCAUAAAAUUGGAAUUUUUUGACUUUGAGGAAAUUAUGGACGCUUACCCAGAUGUUAUCCGAGACAUCAACAAGUUAUUACGACACAGCAAAGACACAGAUAUAUGCAAGCCCUAUACUCUCGACAAAUCUUCUGAUAGGACAGUUUUUUUUGAAGCCAUCAAGCACUUGGUGUUGCAAGAAAAAUUUUCAUUCGAGCACAUGGACUUGUUCAGCAUGAAAGGCAUUCAUUUCUCUAAGGAAAUUAUUGAUUUUUUUGUUGACAAUUAUAGAAAGCAUAGCGAACAUGGCUACAAGAAAAUGUAUCCGUACGAGGAAUAUUUCAACCCUCACGGAAUACUGACGGUGAAGGACGAUGUGGCUGAUUAUAUUUUAGAAAAAGAGAUGUUCAAAAUAGCUUUCUCACAUGCAGUCACAAAUGAUGAAAUUGCUUUCACAAUAGUUGGAAAAAUUUUAUGUAAUGUCUCAUCCUUAUCCGUGGCAAAAGCGAUCUUUGAGCAAGCAAAAUUUCCAGUUAUUUUUGAGCAAGAAGUCAAUCCCUUGCUCGUUCUUCUCAACAAUAAUUACUCUCGUGAAGUUCCUGCAAUUAUUGAGCUAUUGUGCUCGUUAUAUCCACUAGAUUUACUAACUCUUGGAGACAGCAAUGGAAAUAUUAUUAAGAAUGUCGAUGGCCAAUUUGUUCAUGAGUUUAAAUUAUUGUACAAGUAUAUCGAAAAUAAGGGAUCACGUUGCUCAGGAGAGGUGAUCAAAUGUCUGUACAAUCUGGGUUUUAAUUUACACUAUGUCGACCCAGUAACCAAUGAUAACUUACUUCACAUUUGCCCUAUUCCAUACUUAUUUGAAGUUCUUCCAACAGACUUUUUGCUGAUGAAGAACAAGGACGGUAUGACACCAAUUCAUACCCUUCUUUCGCAGAAUUCGUCAAUUGGCACAAAAGAUUUGUAUGUUGGUCUCUCAAGUUUGACUUGUACCGACUUCAUUGAAGCCGGGGUUGAUCCUAACGCUAUUGACAACUCCAAAAAAACUCCAUUACACUACUACGUCCAUAAUGAACACAAAGAUUACGACGUUCUUGUACAACUGGGAAAUAGAAUGAGUUCUAAUGCGCUCAAUCAGGAAGAUGAGAAUGGAAAAUUGGCGUUCACAUAUCUUAUCGAAGACUUGCUCUUCAAACGCAAACCAGAGACCUACACCUCAAGAUUUGUUCCUCUUUCGCAAGAGGUUGAGCAAGCUGUUCAACGAUUGAUCGAAACCAGUUGUGAUGUACAAAAGGUUUUUCAGGCUAUUAGCAUAAGUAUCACCAAGCAAGGUGACCCCGUUCUUAAUGGAGCUCUUUCCUUGAUAUCCUUGAUCAAUUAUCCAUUAAGGGGCAACAGUGAGAAGGCUAAGCCUAUGUUGAUAACCUUGUGUAAAGAAUUGGCCAAAAUUAGAGAUGAGACUCUUGAUAAGUUAUUAGUGAGAAAAUUAGAUUUUUCUCACAUUGAGUUGGACCAAUCAUUGAGAAAUGUGCCAAUUAAUGCUCUUUCCAUGUUAUUGUGUGUUUGGUGUAAAUUCCCUCAACCGGUAACGCUACAAAAUUGGUUCAAAGGAGAGAAUGCAAUACUAUCCGAUAGACUUUUUUCCAACAUUUUUGAUACCGACAAUGGUUUACAAUGCGACUUUAUAUACUAUUUUCUUGCAGGUCGCUUUAACUUGACCAAGUUUGAUUCUUAUGUAUCUGGUUUUUAUGGCUAUCUGAAUAGUUGGCAAGGGUUUCAGUAUUUUACCACUCAGCUCAAAAAUUUGACUUUUGUUAUUCCCAAUUAUGGAGAGUUAAACAUUUUUCAAUUGUGCUGCAAACUUGAUAAUUAUGCUGCAUUUCGUCACUUUGCUAGCCAAAAACCAUACAGAGCUCAAGAAUUUGUGGAUUUAAUAGCAGAGAAUGGAGAUAGCUUUGGUCCAUUUAUUGAUGAAUAUCCAUCAGUAAAAUGGAAGCCUGAGCACAUCAUUACAGCAUUGAAGAAUCAUCAUUACUCUCUAUGUUUCAAGUUAAUCAGUACAUAUGACGAAUUACUGACAACAAUAUCGUUGGAGGAAAUUGUAGAAAUUAUUUGUGGAUGUACUUAUUCAUCCAAUGAUAUUGUAAACUUUGAUAUGCAGGCUAUGAAACUAUUGGAUAGUGUUAACAUAACCGAAGAAGAAAGGUUAAAUUUAUUUUCCAAGCAAAGAAUCAUUUACAUCAAUGACACAUAUGAAGAGUUGGACAAAAGUACUGAUUAUUGGCACCGAACGCUUGUAGAAACUCUAAAAACUAAUAAGCUAAUUUUCGAAGGUCCAUCUAGAGUUCAAAAGACAAUGUCAUUAAUGGAGAUUUGUUACUUGUUUGGAUUGUACUUUGUGGCUGCUUAUUUUAUCACAAAUUCUUCUAACACCAAACAGCGAGGAAAAAAACUGUUCACCAAAACCGACAUCAAACAAGAAACAGUAUUAGAAUGGCUAUCAAGGAAGAAUACGGUCACCUAUCCAGGUUUCACUUUAGCUCAUUUAGUGUGUACUUUUAAAUGGCCCUCGAACUUGGCACAAACAAACCAAGCUGAAAAAAACAAGGUCUAUUUGGCUCAAGAUCUCAUCCAAUAUUUGAAGGAUGUGAAAAGAAUUGAUAUUCUCAACAUCAAAGAUGACGACGGAGAAACACCAUUAUUUAUGGCUUAUCGAAAUCGUUUUAUGGAAACGGAAUUUUCAUCCGUCAUUGACACUGAAAUUGUUAAUAAUGAUGGAGAAAAAGCGGAAGAGGUUGUACAAAACGAAGAAUAA